CACCUUCUUUUACUCUUCUUAUUCUUAUUCUUAUUUAUGUAUUCUCCCUUCUCUAACCCAUUUUCUUCUAUUUCCUUCUUCCCUAACCUCUAUUUUAUCCUACUUUUUUCCCCUAAAACCCAUCAUUUUUCUGCACUUUAGAAUACCCACUUAUUAAAUUUCAAUUUAAUCUAUUUUUAUCUUCUUAUCAUCAUUCUUCUUGUUGGAUUUUCACUUUUUCUCCCAUUUCCACGAAAAAAUAAUUACCCUUUUACUGUUUUAAUCAUAAUAUACAAUGGAGAGUGUUCAUAGCAUUCUUCCUCUAUCAGAUAAUUUGUUUUCAAGUACCGAAAUGUGGGCGUUUCGUUCUGCAAUCGAAAACUCAUGGAUUGCUGAAGCAUUUGCUCUUGAUACUCAAAUUCUUACUAAAGCACUUCAUAAUUCAAUAUCAAAUAACAUCGAUUCACCAAACGUUUCGUAUUCUGAACCUUUGAACUCCGAAGCGCCUUCUUCCGAGCGUCAAACACAUAGUUUUUCUAGCUCAACUGGAGCUACAGAGCCUGAAACCGUUUCUAAACGUGAUCGAAACGCUCCUUCUGCUAAUGGGAAGAUCAAGAAACGUAAAUCUCGUGCUUCGAAACGUUCUCCUACAACGUUUAUUAAUACUGAUCCGGAAAACUUCAGACAAAUGGUUCAGCAAGUAACGGGUUCGGGUAUGGUUGUUGGGUCGGUUGUUAAACCCGAACCUUGUAGGCCCGUUGGUGUUGUGAACCGGUUACAAACGGGUUAUGUUUUGCCUACACUUGACACGUCAGCUUUUUUGUUGGAUAAUCAUCAAAAACGGGCUGUGGGCUCAGGCCCAGUUAAUGUGGAUAUUGGACCGGGUUCUGUUGUGGUUGAAGAUGAUGGGUCGGGUUUUGAUUUUAAUGGGUUUACUGGGUUCCCUGCUUUAGAAUCAUGGAAUUGAAAAAACAUUAUUUAGUUAGAUAUUUUUCUGAUUUUUGAAUCUUAAUAUCCUUUUUUCUUAAUGAGUGAAGCCUCUUUGUUUAUAAUAUUUUCUCAUUGUGUAAUGAGUGUUUUGCAAAGAGCUUUGUUAUUUAGUGGAGAGUCAACCUUUUAUUAGCUUAUUUGGUAAUUAUAUAUAAUUUGUCAUUUUUUGGUCAUUCAUCAUAUUAUAAUCAUAGAUUUAUGAGCAUGAUAUAUCGGGUAAUAAUGAAUUAGUAACAUCGAUGAUGAAUAAUGGUAGGUUUUGUUAAUAUUUGGGAGAAAUAUUAUAUGAGAUGAAUGUAAUGUACUAUUAUUGUAAUUUUUUGGUUUGCUAAUUAUAAAUUUUGAGUUUAAAUA